CAAUUAGCGUUCGUCCAGCCCCUGUCCAUAUAAGGGAGCUGCGUCCAAUGAUCGCUCUCUUGGGUUGCUGCUCUCGUGGACGGUGCGACGCAACUUUCAACGACACGCUAGGCCUCAAAAACCUGCCGGCCUCAGCAGAACCAAAAUAUCGACUCCUCUGUACCGUUGUGGACCCUCUAGCGAGUUUCAUGGAUGCUAUGAAUGAUGGCCGAGGGCGUUCUGCAGGGACGGGAUGAUGGAGUGUUCGAUCUUGAUUUGUUCUCCUUCUUUGGCACAGACUCCCCGGCUGUCCAGGCUGAGAUGACUUCAGGUUCCAUAUUAGAAAGAGGAGCCGCGUCCUGUGCCAGCAAUGUGCCGACAACUGGUGGAUCUGCUGUACAUGUGGCACCCGGGGGCGGCCCCGUGAGCUCUGGUCCACAUGGUCUGGGACCCUCUCAGUUAAUACCCCAUGCAGUUCCAUUGAUGAAUGGUGACCUCUCCUCGUGCUUUCCCCGAGACUCAUCGUGGGGUGUGUGCAGCUCCAAUAAUCUUCCCCAACCUCCUACAAGCAACUCAAUAGACAAAGUUAUCCAGGAGGAGCGCGGUCCAAGUGACAUCACCAGUAUUAUCGCACAUCUCCGGAGUCUUGCAACUGAAACCUCAAAUAAUUGUUCUGAAGCCGAGAAAUCUGGAUCAAAAGGAAGUCCAGUGACUGAGAGUGUCGGAACCCCUGCCGAUGGAUUGUGCAACCAACACAAUAUGGAGUCCGCUCAGCCUGGCCUUAAAGAUCGCGCAGACAAUCAGAUGACCCUCCAGACAGACCUCGCUGAUGACCUUGUGGACAGGCAAUAUCUGUUUGGAGACCUGGGAUCGAAGAAGAAGUCAAAUGCCAAGAUUUAUAUAUGUUCAGAAUGUGGUAAAACGUGUCCUUGUCAGUCUGCCUACAUCCGCCACCAGAGGAUUCACACCGGGGAGAAGCCCUAUGCCUGUGACGCCUGCGGCAAGAGCUUCAUUCAGGUGUCCGAUUACAACAACCACGUCCGCUCCCACACCGGAGAGAAACCCUACACCUGUGCAGAGUGCGGGAAGAGCUUCAGCCGGAGCACCUACCUGGUGACACAUUCCAGAACACACACCAAAGAGAAGCCUUACACCUGCAACGUCUGCAACAAAAGCUUCAUCCAGCACUCUCACCUCUCCCUCCAUCUGCGCAUCCACAGUGGAGAGAAGCCCUAUAUCUGUAUAGAGUGCGGCAACAGCUUCAGCCGCAGUUCAACCCUGGUGAAACAUAAGAAAUCCCAUAGGAGGAAGACGCUACACUUCAGUAAGAAAAAAAGUGAGGAUGAUGUCCCUCAAAACUUCACCCAGAACAACCCACCCACGUGGGGAACAGUCACAGACCAAGCAGAACCAUCUCCAGAAGAGUCUCCUCAACGAGCUGAAACCCCACAUGUCAAAUCUGAAAGUGAUGAGGCUGCAGAGUGUGACCCAGAAACUGUGACCUGUAGAAAACCUCACCGGCAGGGUAAGAAAACCGCCCACAAACCCAUACGAAUCACCCUGGAAAAAUAUCUGAUCUCCGAAGGGACGGCAGGUGGAGACCUUCAGGUGCCAUUUCCACAUCAUAAGAAGUUUAUAUGGAAGAAAAAGUCACAGCAACCAUGUAAGGACAACGAAGAGGGCCCCGACGUAGGAAAGAUGGAUGUAUCAGUCAAGAGCGUCACCGAACCUGCCAUCGAAAUGAAAAGGGUGACCAGUCCCAAGACGGAGUACAACUUUUCCCCCUCCCAGGAAGUGAAUGGGAUGAGUGAGAACAGUGAGAACCUGAACCCGGAGGGCCCAUGCUUGUCACCUCAGCUGGACCAUGUCCGGGACACCCCAUUAAACGACCCUGAAGAACCUUACUCCUCAGUAAAUGGGAAGGUCACAAAGUUUGAGGAGCUGGAUUCUCAGUAUUCCUAUCCUAGUAAUGACCUAGUGGAAGCCACAUACAACAAUGUCUUCACCUCCUCCGACAAUAUGUCCAUCACUCUACAGAAGCCACAUAAAGUUUCCUUGUUUAUUUGCAGUUUCUGCGGUAAGAGCUGUCCUUGCAAAUCGGCUUUUAUCCGCCACCAGAGGAUUCACACCGGUGAGAAGCCCUACGCCUGCGCCGACUGCGGCAAAAGCUUUAUUCAGAUGUCCGAUUACAACAAUCACAUUCGCUCCCACACCGGAGAAAAACCCUACACCUGUGCAGAGUGUGGGAAGAGCUUCAGCCGGAGCACCUACCUGGUGACGCAUUGUAGAACACACACCAAAGAGAAGCCUUACACCUGCAGAGAAUGUGGCAAAAGCUUUAUCCAGCACUCGCACCUUGCUAUCCACCUUCGCAUUCACAGCGGAGAGAAGCCAUAUUCUUGUUUUGAGUGUGGGAAGAGAUUUAGUCGAAGCUCAACACUUGUUAAACACCAGAAAUCCCAUGGUAGAACGAUUCCAACUGGAGAGACUAACACACAAAGGUCCACCAAUCCGAGGUUAGAGGCAGAACAUUGCUGAACUCCAUAGGGUUGUGCUCUUCUGGUAGCCAUGCUGCUUGAUCUACACUUGACUCUCAAUGGCACAAGCUGCAGUGCUCGUGUUGGGUUGUGAUGGCAUGGCCUGUCUUUUUGUCCUCUAUAUCUGCUGCUCAUUUGCUACUUCCCCCGAGUGUAUAAAGCUCCAAGCACCACUCUCCAGCAGUGCUAAAAUCACAGCAAUGUCUUCCAUGGUCAUGUCCGGUUGUUUGGAAAAGUUAUUGCAGAAGACUGGUGCCAAGAGCGCCAUCUCGCCUUCUUGCAUUUGCACUUGUGGUUGGGUGCCCUGGUCCCUGUGAGCACACAUAGAAUGUGAUCAUUGAGAUGUUGGUUCUGAACCUCAUGUGAUUCCCAUGUAUGGAGCUUGUGGUUUAUACUGUAAAGUCCAAAUAUAAUUCUGAGACCCUGGUGGCAUUUAUCGAUAAAAUGCAUAAAUUAAGGAUUUGGUGAAAAUAAUAAGGUGGCUGAUGUGGUGGUAAACUUAGCGCAACUUGGCCGCCUUGGUGGACAUGUUUCUUUCCCACAUCUCAUGGCGGUCUAUCGUUUACACCAAUUAUCUAUUUAUUAAAUUUGAUCAUUUUAUGACUCUUGGCCAUGCCCCCUACAAAGUCUUCAAAACACAAUAAAUUUGGUGCACAUUGUGUACGCCAUUUUUUUUUUUAGGCACUUUAGUUAAUCUCAUACUUUCUGUACUCAAGAAGAUUUAGUUAAACCGUAUGUUCUGACAAUCAGCAGCGACUUACACCAUUCUGUCAUGAAGAUGAUUGGCAUUGUUUUCAGUCCUCUGGCCCAGGCCCAUGUACCAUCAUCGUCCUCUGGCCCAGGCCCAUGUACCAUCAUCGUCCUCUGGCCCAGGCCCAUGUACCAUCAUCGUCCUCUGGCCCAGGGCCAUGCAUUGUACCGCCGUCCUCUACCCGAGGGGCGCGUACCAUCAUGAUCCCCUGGACUAGGGCCGCAUACCACCAUGAUCCCCUGGCCUAGGGCUGCUCAUCCUCAUCCUCUGGCUGCGUACCAUCAUCCUCUUGUUGUCCACCGUGAUGUAGUGCAUUAGUUACCACCAAUGUUUUGUCUGAGGGAGGUCCUCACUGCUGGAGCUGAGGACCAUAUCUCUACCAGGGGCUGGAAUCCUCUGAAACAAAUGGCACUGUUCUCCACAACCUCGAAGCUUGUCUACUUUUAUGAUAUUCAAUCCUGUGUUAUGUAAAACGUGUAGGUAUCUGGUGAUAAAGUGUUUGUCACUGCUCCGCUGCACCUUGAGAUGAAGGUAUGGAAUAUUUAUUGUGUAUUAU